CCCAACUGAAAAUCGAACCCUAGAGAUGGCACGGCAGCAGGGGCCGGCGGCGCGGCGUCGUGGCGGCGUCCUCUGGCCUCUGCGCUCCUGUUUAGCGGCAGGCCGUAGCAGGCGAGCAGCGUCGCCUUCUCCCGUUCUUCCGCACACCCCUACAGCAACACCCCGACAGUUUAAUCUGGAUUCUGAAGCAAUGAGUACCUGCAAAAUGGCAACGGUGGAAGCUACAUCUGUUCCAGACAGACUGAGCAGUCUACCUCCAGAGAUAAAGGGCAACAUCCUCUCCCGUUUGAAUAUCGUAGAAGCGGUUAGGACUUGCACCUUAUCAAGUACAUGGAGGGAUGCAUGGACUGAUAUGCCAAAAAUAUCUCUUCGCGAUGGGAAAUUUACACGAACUAAGUUCGUUACGUUGGUUGAUAUGGUGCUAUCACUCCACAAGGGAACUAUAGAACAGUUCGAUAUUUCGGGUAGUGAAAGCUAUCAUGAUGAGUUCGCUAGGUGGAUGCUUAUGCUGUCAAGCAGAUCACCAAGAUCAAUUAUAAUUGAGUUGAAGUCAAGGCCAAGGUAUAGGAUACCCUCGUGCAUCUUUUCUAUCAGCCAUCUGAAGUCUCUGCACCUAGAAAAUUGCACCAUCAGCUUGCCCCGGGUAUUCCAAGGUUUCAAGAGCCUAACUGACCUAAGCCUCAAAUUUUUCUCCUCCACAAACAUGGAUAUCCAAAAUCUGAUCUCAUUCUGCCCUGUACUGACCAAUUUGAUACUAAAUUAUUUUGAGGGCAUCAACCGUCUAAACAUUCAGGCUCCUGAACUAGAAUAUCUUAAUGUUGUUGGGGACUUUGAAGACAUUGAUUUGGAUGCCCCUAAUCUGAAGGCAGCCAUUCUCUUCCAUUAUCACAAAUCUAAAGCAUAUCAAUCUAUUCCAAUUGCGCAUGACAAGGAAAGCCAUGUCAAGAAGUCAUUGGGAAGCCUAAGUGAGAUCAAAACACUUGGAAUUUCUAGCAGUUUCAUGAAGUAUCUGUCAAAGGCGUGCAUACUUACGAAACUCCCUAUCAUGUUCACUCGCCUGGAGGAUAUUUAUCUUACGAUAUGCUUUUGGGACCAGAGGCAAGUCUUGACCGUGUGUUCAUUGUUUCAGAAUGCCCCUAACUUGAAGAAGCUUCUCAUGUGGAGUUACCCUGGGAGCACAUGUGAUCAGGAUCAGGCGAGCAUUCAAGAGCUUACCCUGCAAAUGCAAAUGAACCAUCUCAUAACGGUCAGUGUGAACGAUUUUCGGGGUGUGGACCACGAAGUCCAUUUCGUGGCAAAGCUAUUGAGCUGGGCACCUGCUUUGGAAGAAGUGAGAAUAGAGUGGAAGGGCGAAAUGGACCGCAGCAUGGUUAUUACUAAGCUAUUAGCGCUGCCGAGGGUGUCUCCCAGGGCCAAGAUCAUCGUUACAUGAUAAAUAUGCUCCCUCACCACUUUGCCAAUCUAAUUUGCUGUGGGUAGAAUUAUUUUGGCUUUGUUUAAGCGGAUGUACCAGCUAGGACUAUCUGGUGGUUAUAUAUUUGUGCGAUGCUGCCAUUCCUCAACAGCGUCAGUUCAGCUCGUGUUGUUUGGUCCCCGUGUUCUGUGUCCAUAAGAAGCGAUCACAUAUAGGAAGGCACCUUCAUGUUGUAUCAACAAGAUGAGAAUCACAGAUAUCAAGUUGUACCUUCGUAUCUUACAUUCUGCAUGUGAUGCGGCAUGAUAAUGAGAUCGGAGUAGCUCAUGCCAGAACCAGUCUACUUUUGGAAA